GUCCCACACCUCAGAAUGACUGUAUUGCCCGAUCAAAUAUCCACACCGAAUCUGAUGCCUCCUUGGAAGCAAGAGCUUCUUCUCCGUAAAAGCGCCCUGUCUCGGACAAUCGAGCCCAAUCUUUCGUUCGUCUGCAAGAAACUCGAGGUCCACCGAGAGCCUCGAUCCCAAGAGGUCCUCCGGAAACCCGUGAACGAACUAGCCCGUCUGGCGCGAAGAAGUCGCUCCCUAGGAGAUGGCAGUGGAGCUCCAAUCUCGGCGAAUCUUCAACCUCCAUCUAAGCUAGGCCAUCUAGUGGACAAUAUUUCUCCUCCAUCCACUCCCCCACCCCUUCCCAAGCGAUCGCCGGGCAUCAGAUCCAGCUCCGGCCCCUCCUUUCCUGGCAUGAACAACAACAGCCACUGGGUCGACGUCAAACACCGUUGCUCGCUGGAUGAGAGCGGCCUCCACCAGCUGGACUUACCUCCCGCUCUGCCUCCUCGAAAGGAAGAAGCCGUUAAUAAUAAUAAUAAGCAAUGUCCUAAACGACGUUUGCCUCCGUCAGAUGGUGAGGUUACCCGGCGGUCGACACGGAGCGACGACGACCUGUGGAGGCCAGCGGUUGUGGUCGAGGGACUGCGCCAGCAGCGCCCUCUCGACAACGAGGGUGGCAAAAGGCCGGCCGUCGCGAUGAAGGUAUGUCAGGACGGGAGCGGGAGCAAGGCGAGUAUGGCGAGCACGACACGCAAGACGAGCAACACCGCGCACGUCGAGGUGGAGGGUGAGGAAGAGAUAAUGGAGACCCCGAGAGAGAUUGAGGUGGUGGAAGAAGCACAACAGACGGCGGUUGUGGUGGUGUCGUCCAGCCCAACUGAUCACCAUCCUCAUCCCUUCAAUCUCCUGCACCACCACCAUCACUUGCGGCAGGAGGACCAGCUAGUUCGACGUGAGGAGGAAAAGUGGGAUCUCUCCCCUGGAGUUCGUCAGUACAAGGAGGAUCGUAGUGUGGAGUGGGACAGUUUCGAUUGGGACGAGGAUAGUUCUAAGGGACCUGAUCGCAUCGCCGAGGUCGCCUUCUCCUCGGCGUUAUCUCGAUUCGUUAAGCCACAAGUGGGUGCUGAUAAAGAAGGACAACAACAUCAUCAUAGUAAUUAUCACCAUCCUCGUCCUCACCCAGGAAAGAAGCUUAGUGGCCCCUGCGGAACGGGCCAGAUCAAAGAGACGAGCUGGACUGAGUCAUGCAAUCAGAAGACAGUUCUCCUGCCCCAGAGCGACUUCAUCAGUGAUCAGUGUAAAAGUUCGCGUAUCACUGAGACCAAACGAGUCUUUGGGUAUGAUUUGAAGUGCGGAGAUGAUCAACGAAAGAGUUUCACAUCUUCAUCCAACGAGUGUUCUUCAUCACCAACAUCAACAGCAUCAGUAGUAGCAGCUUCCCAUUGUGCUGGCUCUUCUGCUCCUUCUUCCUCCUCGUCCUCUUCAUCGUCCGUGAUAGAUGAAGCCAAGAAACGGCUCUUUGCCGCCAAUCUCUUAAGUGAAAAUAACCACGAGAUUCAAGUGAAAGAGGUUUUUAGCCGUUCUGGCUUGAGAGCAAACCGAAACCAGGACCAGAAGGUGGUUUUGGAAGCUGCCAAGCUUCGACCCAUUCCGAAACAACUUGCUUCUGGUUUGCCAAGGAAGCAAAAUUCGCAUCUUGACUUGGAAGUCGACAAUACUUCCCCUCCAGCCACAUCGCCAAGUGCAAGAAAUGGUGAGGAGAAGCUACAUCGUCGCUCCGUGACCUUCUCGUGCCCAGAAGUGUUGGAGGAAAUCCCCAUCCAGAGGUAUCCCGUUUCCCCUUCAGAGUCCAGUGACGAUUGGGUGGUUGAAAACGAAUUUCGAGCUGUGGAGCGCUUCCUGAGUCAAUCUGAGCCACAAGGAACAACUAUGAUGGAUGAAAACAUUGCCAUGAACGAAGAUGACUUGGAUCACAGUCAGUUUGACAAUAUUGGACGUGCCUCGUUGGCUAGAAUUUACCGGAGCAACAAGAAUGCCAAUUCGAACAAGAUAGUGGCUGUCCCUCCGAUGUAUGCCACGCCUUCAUCCUUGGACAGUGAUGGUACGUUUGGAUCAGGCGGAGAGUCGGACUCGUCUGAAGAAAUUCAUUAUGGCCCAGGCUUUGUGAAUCGACUCAAGACCCGGUAUUUGAGUGUGGCUUUGAGGAGCACCUCGACUCGAGGAGUCGCCACUCUUCGUCGAACAGCUUCGUUAGAGAACUUCCUUGAUAAGGAUAAAACCGACGAGCAGGUCGAACUUCGAAAAACACCAGCCAACAGUCAGCAACGAAGGGUCUCCCCGCAUUAUCAGAGACACUCGGCACCCGUUGAGGGUGGAUCCCGUGGAAUGUUCACCAAACGAGGACCUCCUGUCACUAACAAUCGUUUUCAUGCCAACAGUGGUCGGCCCUUGAAGAAAAACGACUCCAUGAAGAGAGUCCAAUCAGUGGAGGUCUUGAAUGUGAGUGAACCCGGGUCCCGAUCCUCGUUGGAGCGGAAAGCAGUGGACGCUGGAGGUCCAAUCCCACCCCCACUUCCUCCGAAAGCGGAGAAAGCGACUCUGGAAACUGUGGUGAACAGUCUGGCCAAUGAUGCUGUUCGUGUGUACGACCGAAAAGGCAAGCCAAUCACGAGAGAAUCAAUCGUCCGUUCAGGCGAAUCCAGUGUUAAUGCCUUACCGAGAAGACCGCUUUUCAAGCGAAGGUCUUCGAGCCUGCUCUUCGGGGUGGAAGAAAAGGAAUUGCCUGCUCCAGAUACCGUGAAAGAGACUCGGAAGAUAUUUGAGUCGCGUUCGGGUGGCCCAGGUGGGCGUAAACCGGGGCCAUUCUUCUACGGUGGAAGCCGAAUCAAGUCCCGUUCUACCUCGAGCCUGUACCAUUCUCGAUCACGCUCAUCUGACAGGGGUCUCUCUCCCAGUAGCCAAGAUUCAAACAUUCACAGUCCUUUGACUCGAAAGCGCUCGGAUGACAAUAUCCAGCACUCCCAAUACUCCACACGGAUUUCCGGAUCGCCGGUCAGGACAAUAGACUCCCCUCGAGGGGGUUCCCCAGUUCGGACUCCGCAGAGUCCCGUGACCAGAAAUCCUGUUGGUGGGCCCCGUCCCGCGGGGGCACUCUCCAAUCAAAGUAAACCCAGUUUACCCAACAAGCCGAUCCAUUUGGCUUCCUCUCCCUGUCCAUCGCCCACGGCUAAACCGUUCAUGAGUGGAGGUCAUGCUCCAACUCCGGCCAAGUCCUUCAAAACGCCGUCGGCUAAAGUGGUGCCCCCUCAACAUCAGGCUUUAUCGUCAUCAUCCGUGGCUCCGAUUAGCGGUAGUGGUAAUAGUACCAGCAGCAGCAACAACAACAACAACAACACAUUCGCCAUACCACCCUUACGUCCAGUGAGUGGCUCCAAGAUGACAAAUAUCACUGGAGCAAUUCAGAACCAGAGCGAACCACCAAAGCAUGACCAAAAUAAUUCGACUAUCACUGGUGGUGGAUCGUCCAAUGGCCCCACCAGCGCUUCAGUGACAACACCAACUUCUGGCAUUGUUAAACAAGUGUCUGAAUCAUCAGCUAACAAAGAGGUAUAUUCACCAGGAACCUCGAACGCCCAGCUGAAGGACCAGGACGACAAGGUUGUCGAGGUCGAAGUUGCUCCCAUGGACGAAGAAGAGGGUAUCAAACGGAUUUCAAAUGACUCCAUCACCAAGAUCCGUGAGGGCGGAAGCUCCGUCAGCUUCAACUUCAGCAAGCCAACGGGAAUGGCAAUGGCAAGUCCAACAUCGCGGACCACGCCCCCCACGUAUUUGCCUUAUGACAAAGAGAACAAUGCCAUGAAGCAGGUGGGAGUGAUCCGACCCAUGACAAGAUCCCUGGGUCAGGCCGACCCCAGAGGACCGUUGAUUAACAAUAAACUCGAACGGAACAAAGAGGCUUUGAUUCAACCAUCAGCCGUCCCAUCCUUCCAGGAGAAGGAGAUCAUUCUGAUUCCCAAGGACGAACUGCGGGCGCCCAUUUUACCCAAGAAAUCGUGGAAUAGUGUGGCCGAUAAGAACCAGCGGAAUAGCAGUCACCUCUUGACCUCGAACGGACCUCCGCCCAGUGUGGUCAAGCCUUCCUGGAUCAAAAAAUCCCAAGUAGAAGACACUGAUACUCAAAAGAAAACCCCUUCCACGGGCGACUCCCUCGCUCUGGCUAAACCGGCCGCAGUCAAUGAAGAGGUUAUCGCCAAGUCAGAGAGCAGCGGUGGCGGCAAAAAGGCUCAAACGGGGCCUAUGAAGGCCGACUUGGCCGAAAAGCCAUCAUCACCCGCAGCCCCGCUUAUUGCCAGCCAAGUGGGUAGAAACAAUAACUAUCGUGACGAUUGGAAGAAGCGCAAUGAGCAAAAGAACACGAUUGUGUUCAACUUUGUCCACACGGAGAAGGAUGUGACCCACAUCGAUAAUGACGGCCGUGACAUUUCCAACCGCAGGAAGAAGAACUCUAAGAAAAGAAAUCAACAAUUAACCAAGGACUCUGGGAUCAUUUUGAUAAACGACCCGUAUAGUGGGAAUCACGGAACCGAGUCAACAGACUGUGAUAUUGAUAGCGACUCGGACGACUCCGAGAUCGAUGUCCAUCGUCCAGUGUCCCCAUGCAAUUUCAUUGUCUUGGGAGCCAAUGUCAAGACAGAAAAAUCCUCCAUCCGAUCCAAAUCCAGACCCAUGAAGAUGAGUAUCAAGUUCAGUGAGAGCCUCACCGAGAUUUUCGAAUACCCAUCCUUUGAGUGCGCUGUCCAAUUGUCCCUGGAGGAGGCGUCAUCCCUGAAAUCAAACAGUUCCAUUGGCGGACCCCUUGGAGGUCUAGGCAAUUACACCCCGUCCAAGAUCCAAAUGAACGAAGCCCCCUUCCAAUUGGGUGUGUCCCGAGGCAAAACCCCCACUGAGGCGGCCUCCACCCCCAACUCCAAUAACAAUAAACCCAAUGGGAGUCAAGAUAAACCAGAUGGGAAGGGCGGAGAGGUCCUUCGUCCCACGGAAGAUGCCAUUUCUUGGAGUGGAAGCUCCUCGUCCUCGGAUAUCUUGUUCUAAAAUCAGCCAUGUCCAUCCCAUCUAUCCUUACUUACAUACCUACCACGCCCGUCUAUGACCCGCCCCAUGCAAAUGACGCCUUCGUUUCCUCCUCCCGUGUCCUCGACUUGUCCAUCUUGUAUGAUUUUUUGCAACUUUGUCCCGUCAUUCCUUUAACGAGAUGAUUGAAUUUUUAUUUUGACGAUAUAGUUCAAGGGCGAGGACAAUUAAAAAAAAACAACAACAGAAAGUAGUAUCACUUUUCGACUUGAGACCCCGUAUGUGGCACUCUCUCGUGCGGGCAUUCCUGUAUUUGUGUCUUAUAUGUCUUCGCAUAACACUCCAUUAUUACGCUAAUAAAAGUGAGAAGUCAA